AUGGCUGAACACGAGCAAUCCACGCUCAGGCAUGGCGAGCACCUCCUCCUCGACCAGCCACUUCUCCGCCUCCCCAACGAGCUCCUCCGAAAAAACUUCCGCUCCGCCCACUUCACCAUCGAAAAGGACACGACGGCGCUCAAGACGCUGCUCAAGGACGCCGCGACGGGCGCCGCCUCGGGCCGCGCCACGCAGCAGGAUGCGCUGCGCAACCUCGACGCCAUGCUCGCGCGCAUGCGCGGCGUCCGGCGCAAGCUGACGGCGCACGCGCACGAGGAGGAGCGCCUGCACACCCAGGCCGCCGCCCGUAUCAUCCACCUCGACCAGCUCUACGCCAUGCACUCGGCCGAGGACGUCAAGUACGAGGCCUGGAGCCGCCGCCGCCUCGACCGCCUGCUCGCCGACUACCUCCUCCGCCACGGCUACAAUGAGAGCGCCGAGCAGCUCGCCCGGGAGCGCGGCAUGGAGGCCCUCGUCGACGUCGAGACGUUCAAGAGCAUGAGCCGCAUCCGCGAGGCCCUCCUCGGCGGCAGCAUCACCGAGGCGCUGGCCUGGUGCACCGAGAACAAGAAGGAGCUCAGAAAGAUGGAGAGCAAGCUCGAGUUCCUCCUCCGCUUCCAGCAGUACGUUGAGCUCAUCCGCACCCAGUCCCAGCCCAAGCUCCUCGAGGCCAUCGCCCACGCCAAGAAGCACCUCAUCCCCUACUGGCACACCUACCCGACCGAGGUCAAGCAGGCCGGCGGCCUGCUCGCCUUCCCGCCCGGCCGUGCCCGCGGCGGCAGCAGCGGCGCCUACGCCCACCUGUACGCGCCGCAGCGCUGGACCGAGCUCGCCGACGUCUUCACCACGGCGCACAACAGCCUGCUCGGCCUGCCGUCGGCGCCCCUGCUGCACCUCGCCCUCUCGUCGGGCCUCUCGGCGCUCAAGACGCCCGCCUGCCACCACUCGUCCUCGUCCCCGACCACCGCCGCCGGACGCAAGAAGACGAAGCAGCCGCCGCCGCCACGUCCGUCCACCAUCGGCCACGGCGUCUGCCCCAUCUGCUCCAUCGAGCUCAACGACCUCGCCCGCAACGUGCCCUACGCGCACCACACAAAGAGCCACGUCGAGCACGACCUCGUCCUGCUCCCCAACGGACGCGUCUACGGCCGCCAGCGCCUCGAGGACCAGUCAAAAAAGGCCGGUCUGCCGCCCGCGCUGGUCAAAGACAUCGUCACUAACGAGGUGUAUGCCGCCGAAUCUCUGAAGAGGGUCUACAUUACCUAG